AUGCAGUGUUUACAUAUUUCACUAGUCAUCUGUACUUCUCUCCGGAUAAAUACCUUGUUGCAUUAUGUCCGAGAAUACAUGGAGCCAAAAUCGGCAAUCUUGAAAUUUCCCAACACGUUAUGUUCGUUAAAAAGAGACUUCUUAAGCCCGAAACAAAUCGUUGGGUUUCAAGCAUUGGCCCGUUUCUCAAUGACCAAGCACAUCGACCAUUUCUAUUUCAUGGUGUUUAUGUGA